AUGGACCGAAACGUGAAGGCACUGGCUUCGUUUUUGUUGCUCUUGUACUUCUUAUCGGUGAUGUGGCUCCUACCUUCGAGGUCAUUUGCCGGCGGGUUCCAAAUUGGUCAUUCAUGGGACAUAUUGAUCUCCCCGUUCCUAAUUAGGAUGUUGGUAUCCAGCUUCCGUGGCCGAAGAAGGAGUACGGGCCUACUACACAAGCGGAUGCAAUCAGCUUUGAUGGUUUUGGAGACACUGGCUUCCUUGUAUGUGGUCUCGGUCGUGUUAUCGAAUCUGUGUGUCUACCUUUGGGAGAAGUACACCGGCGAGAUUGAGCUUGAUCCUGACAUGGAGGUAGAGAAGUUGGCAUUGGCGCUCGUGGUUUGGGUGGUUGUAUCCGCCUUACACAUCCGAAUCAGGAGAAGGAACUCUGGCCUGGCCAAGCUGAUGCAGUCAGCUGUGAUCGUUUUUGCCUAUACCUUCAUUUUAUGGGAAGUUGACAUGGAAAUAGUGGCUCUCGCUUACAUUAUCUGGCUUGCAAUAUCGGUGCUUGGUCUCCCCCUUUGGAUAGAGGUUACCGGUGGGACUGAGCAUCUGCGAGAGUGGGGCAUGGGCCUGUUUGGGCAUUUUGCACUUCUUGAUCCGAGUAUCUUCACUUAUGCGAGGGUUACUGCGGUUUGGAUUAUUCUCUAUGCCUUUUACAGCGAAUGCGAAAGGCUGGUGUGGGACGGCAUGGAUACAGCACCCAAGGAGGUAGCAUCCUCCUUGUCGAUUUCUGCCUUGGCUAAGAAAGAGUUCCGUGUUUUCUUGAGUGUCAACAGAGGACCAGAUGUCCGUGAUGAGUUUAUAGACUUCCUAAUGGUUCACCUGACGAGAUCCGGGAUCUCCGUCUUUGGAUUAGGCAAAGAACUGCCUGAGGGGGAAGAGCUGGUUGAAGUGAUCAAGCGAUCAAACAUAUCCAUUCCCAUCAUAUCCAAAGGCUACGCUUCCUCUGAAAGUUGCCUCAUUGAGUUGGGUCUACUGUUGGAGUGCAGAAGAACAAACGGCCAAACGAUCAUUCCCAUUUUUUACGACGUCGAUCCAUCGGAUGUGCGAUAUGUCACGGGUUCUUUUGAGUUGUCCUUGAAGAUGCACCAGAUGAAGGGAACAGAUGGCCAGACAAUCCGUGCAUGGGGAAGGGCUCUUCGUGAGGUUGGGGGUUUAAAGAGAUUUUACUCUGCAGACAACAAUUCUUGGUCUAAUUACAAGCUUUUAAAGCAAUUCCUCUUAGAUAUGCUGCAAAUGUUCAGUAAGUGGGACGUCGAGGAAAAUUUGGUCGGAAUUCAGGAUCGAGUACAAGAGGUCAUGACAAAGCUUGGUGUUAACUAUAGAGAUGGACAAUCAGUUGGGUUACGUGGCGGGGAUGUCCGAGUAGUUGGAAUCUAUGGCACUGGUGGGGUUGGCAAGACAACCCUUGCAAAGGUUAUUUAUAAAGACAUCGCUUCUCUCUUCGAUGGCUGUAGUUAUCUCGAGGACGUUCAAGAAAGGUUUGCACAAUAUGAAGGACUCAAAUCUUUGCAAAAUCAGUUAAUUUCCGAUCUGCUAAAGCGAAGCUGCCCAAAGUUUACUUAUGAAGAAGGUGAGCACAUCAUCAGACAUAGAUUUCAUAGCAUGAGAGUUCUUAUUAUCCUUGAUGAUGUCAAUCACCAUUCCGAACUCAAACCAUUCAUUGGGAAGCUCAGUUGGUUUGGUCCAAGAAGUAGGAUCAUUGUGACUACGCGAGAUUAUGGUCUUAUCAAUGUCCCUGAAGUGGCAGAAAGAUAUGAAGUUGAACCUCUGAAACCUGAUCAAGCUCUUUUUCUCUUUCGGAGGCAUGCUUCUGAUGUCCUGCCUUUCCCAGAGGGCUAUGAUUCUCUGUUCGAUGAAAUUAUUUCUGUAACUCGACGAAUUCCUUUAGCAAUUGAGGUUCUAGCUUGUCUUUUAUGCAGAACGCCCACAACACUAUGGCAACAUACCUUGAAGAUAAUGAGUAACCAUGUUGAUCCAGUCGAAGGCGUGUUGAUGGCAAGCUUUGACUUUCUUAAUUAUGCGACCAGAGAGAUAUUAUUGGAUAUAGCAUGUUUCUUUGUGGGAGAGGAUAUUGCCAACCCCUUUUCCAUGUGGUGUGCUUGCGGCUAUGAUCCUCUUAGUGGAAUCAAAGUUUUGCUCGACAUGUCCUUGGUGCAAAUUGGAGAAAAUAACAAACUAUGGAUGCAUGAUCAGCUGAGAAAUCUUUGUCAGCAAAUGGUCAAGACUGAAGAUCCCGAAAGGCCUGAAAGGCGCAGUAGGCUAUGGAAACAUGAGGAUGCAGUUUCGGUGUUGAAGGAAAGGAAGGGAACUGAAAGGGUUCAAGCCCUCAAUCUCAAGUUUGAUGGUAGGCGCAAUGAUGGCUCUCCAUCUGAAGAAUUUGAGCUUCUGCCAGGCCUGAGGUUGCUCAAAUUGGGUAAAACCAGAAUCACAGGAGACUGCAAGAAUUCCCCAUCGAAUUUAAGGUGGCUUGAUUGGCAAGGAUGCCCUGAGAUCUUUGGAGAUUGUGAUCUGCAUCUAAAAGAGUUGGUCAUUCUUGAUUUAUCAUGGAGUAAGGUUGCGCAUGACUGGAAAGGAUGGAAUCAAAUCAAGAUGCCACAGUUGAAAAUUCUAAAUCUUACAGGAUGUACUGGCCUAUUGAUGACUCCUGAUCUCUCUGGCUUCGAGAAGUUGGAGAUACUAAUUCUCGAGCAUUGUUCUCGGUUGGUGAAGAUUGAUGCUUCAAUUGCUCAUCUAAAGUGCUUAGUCACCUUAAAUUUGAAGUUCUGCGGUGAACUCUGCAUGUUGCCAAAAGAACUUAACGAUAUGAAAGAAAUGAAGGAGCUUCUAAUAGAUGGAACUUCUAUAAAGGAAAUUCCCAGCACCCUGGCCAUUAUGAAGAAACUUAAAAGUCUCAGUGCAUCCAAUUGCUUCUCUCUGAAUAGCCUGCCCGAGUCCAUCGGUCUGCUGAAAGAUCUUUCAGUGCUCUUGCUGGAUAGUGCGAAAAUUGUUGAACUUCCCGACUCGAUUGGAGAGCUGGUGCAACUGAAGCAAUUAUCUUUGAGAAACUGCCGUUGUCUAGGGGAGCUUCCAGACUCGAUUGGUGAAUUGGGAAGCACUUUGAUCGAGCUGGAUGUGUCAGGGACAGGUAUUUCCAAAUUGCCAGGUUCAAUCAGGAACCUGCGGAGCUUAAAACUACUGAAAAUGGACUCAUGUUUCAUUAGAGAAUUCCCUCGUGAUAUUGGAAGGCUAACCAACCUCGAAGAGAUCCGUGCCUGGCGGUGUAGGAGCUUGGAAGGUGACAUUCCGAGUGAUAUCGCGGAAUUGAAAUCUCUGAGGAUCUUGGUUCUAGGAUAUACUCGUAUUUCCAGCUUGCCAUCAGGCAUCCAGUCGCUUUGCUGUCUUCAGACCCUUGAUUUACUCCACUGCGACAGGAUUGAAGUAUUGCCAAUACUCCCCUCUAGCCUCACUCGCUUGCGUGUGAUUUCUAGGAACAUGAAGGUCGUGCCAUUCAUCGAUCACUUGACAAAAAUGGAAGAGUUGUGCCUUGGUGAUGAAGAUCCCGAGGAACUAGAACUACCCUCAGCGCAGAGGAUGAUGAAUUCCAUCCUGACCAGGGAGGCGGUUACCUCCCUUCUUUGGCCCAAAAGGUUUCCAAGGCUGAAGGUGUUGGAAUUGUCUCAUUCACGGAUCACUGACAUUCGCUUAAGGGACGAAUGUCUUCCUCAGAUCACGAAACUUGUUGUGUCGGGCGCAAACCUCAGGAGAGUACCGCAACUUCCGUCCACAUUGUCAUUCCUGUCAGUUCGAGGCUGUUUGUCAUUGAAAAGAUUGCCGACCAUUCAAUGUUUGAAAAGUUUGACCGAAUUGCGGCUCUCACACUCUGCCAUAAGAGAGGUUGAAGGGCUUGGAGAGCUAGAAGCGCUGGAGAUCAUAGAUAUAUCUCACUGCGAAAUACGGAGUCUUGACGGGCUCGACCAGUUAACUUCCUUGAUAAGUUUGAUGCUGUCGGACUGUGAUCAUCUCCAAAAGUUGCCCAACAUAUCAAACCUGAAGCGGUUGAAAGUUUUAGAAAUCCGCCGAUGCAGGGAGAUAAAAAAUAUACAAGGUCUUCAAGUAAUAAGAUCGACUUUAGAGAAGCUGCAUGUAGGUUAACGCGAGGAUGAAAACUCGCCGGAG